CAAAUAUCCUAUAUAAGAAACCUCUAGUAUUGUUAUAUUGGGCACUCACCAAUCAAUUAAGCUCUCCAUUACAAUUCUCUAAACCCUCUUUUCCAUAACCAAAAGCAGAAAUAUGAAGCAAUCAAUGAGGCCUUUUGCUGUCAUUUGUCUAGUGCUCUUUCUUGUUUUGGCCACAGAGAUUGGAACAAGAGUAGCCGAAGCAAGAACAUGUGGAUCUCCAAGUCAUAGGUUCAAGGGACUGUGUACUAGCAGCAGAAAUUGUGAGAAUACUUGCAACACUGAAGGAUUUCCAGGAGGAGAAUGCAAAGGCUUUCGUAGAAGAUGCAUUUGUAACGGGCCGUGUGUUUAAUUAAGCUAUAAUCAUGUGCUCAUUAUGUUAAAUGUGUGCUGCUUAAAAUGCUAAUUCCAUCCUUAACAUGUUCUAGUUGAGGUGGAUAUGGAUGGUUGUUGAAUAAUAAAGUUAUUAUUGCAUGAAUAUGUUGUUACAUGCAACAUUGUGUAUGUGUAUUUUGUUGUACCACUUGUAUGUAAGUGACUAUUGUAGUAUUUACAAAUCACUAUCAAUGAGUUAUUAUGUACAAGUUGUACAACUGUACUAGAUCUUUUAAUUUUAAGAUGUUCUAUCAUGUUAUGUGUUUCAUUGUGGUAAUUUUAAAUAAUAAUGUAACAAUAUUACUCGGUUCAAUCA